GGGGCUUCUCGAGUCGCUGCUUCUGAACCACAAGGAACGGUUUACGCGGCACUGGUUCUCUGACGGAUGUCAGAGCCAGCAUCAUAACACGGCUUGGUCAAGACUAUGAACUGUCGUCCCAGCGCAUUCAGGCUGUUGGACUCAUAAUGCCGGUGUAUCUCAAUGAAGGUGGGCCAAGCCUCAAGCUUCAACAGAACGCAACCAUCUGCGUCGUCAUCCGGCCUGUCAACGCUGAUCUAUAGAACUUCUCAGGUUUCCAGACUUUUAUGCGGCAUCUGGGAACAAAGGAUUCCGAUGACUGAGAUGGGCCAGAUCCAUCGGGUCUUGGCAAUAACCAUCCGGGCCCGGGGAUAUCUUGAAGACAAUGCACACAAAACACAGUUCUUAGGGUCCAAGAGCACGCUCCCUGCCAACCUAGCGCUACUAGGUACUAUUGCCAGAUUUAGUCGCCAGUCAGCCAAGCUGCAUUGUAUCGAAGACGGCGCCCUAUCUGUCCACCUCACGAACUUAUUGCCUAGACUAGGCCCAGCCAAUCCAGGGCUAAAUGUAAACGUUUGCUCAUUCAACGACUUUAAGUUUGAUUCAGCUAUAGACGCAGAUGCGAGAGUGGUUGUCUAUAGGGUCCCGCUACAGUGCUUGAUACUCUUCUAAUAUCUUUCUACAUGGAUAUCUAGCUACUAGAUGUCUUGAAAGAGUGCAGUAAGGCGUCUAAGUCUAGCCGUUCUAGGAUUUUAACAUUAAGCCGGACAACUUAUACUUUUUACGCUCUUUCUCAAACUGCCUCUGCGGCUUCAACAUGAGGAGACUAACGCAACUAGUAGGACCGGGGCUAGACUUGGGGUGC